AUUUCUGGCCAAACCGGGGCUUAAUUUAUAUUAGGGCACACCCCGAUAGAUCAGAGCACCGGCCGGAAAAUUAGGGCACACCGCGAUUCCUUAGCCAAAUUGAAGAUGAGGAGAAUUCCUCUGCUGCAUUACUGUUCCAAUGCCAUUCGCUUUAGCUCAUGCUUUGCUAUUUCCCGUUCUGUGUCGGCAUUUACAACCAGAGAUUGUUCUUCUUCUCAUAGCAAUACAUCCAUUCCGGCAAAGGGUAAAAUUGGGGUAGCUAGCAGGUUUGAGAAUGUCAAGUGUUUAGAUGAAGCUGUGAGUCUAUUCCGUCGAAUGGUAAGAAAGCAGCCUCUUCCUUCUGUUUUUAGCUUCUCGAAAUUAUUAAAGACUAUGGUAAAUAUGAAGCAUUACUCUUCUGUUGUUUCCCUUUUUCGACAAAUGCUGAAAUCGGGUAUCCCAAUUGAUGGUUUCAUCUUGAGUAUCGCGAUCAACAAUUAUUGCCUAAUGCAUCGUUCUGACUGCGGAUUUUCGGUGUUAGCCAUUUACUUGAAGAAGGGCAUUCCAUUUAAUGUUGUCACGUUUAGCACCUUACUAAGGGGACUCUUUGCGGAAAUGAAGAUAAAAGAUGCAGUUAACUUGUUCAAAAAGUUGGUGAGAGAGAAUAUUUGUGAGCCUGACGCAUUCAUAUAUUCAACUGUCAUGAAUGGGCUUAGCAAAAGAGGUCAUACUCAAAAAACUUUCGAUUUGUUUAGGGUAAUGGAACAAGGAAGCACUAAGCCCAAUGCAUACAUCUAUAGCAUUGUUAUAGAUGCCCUAUGCAAAGAUAGAAUGUUAGAUGCCGCAAUUAGCCUUUUUGAAGAAAUGAAACAAAAAGGUAUUCCUCCAAACGUUGUCACAUAUAAUUCAUUGAUUGAUGGUUUCUGUAAGCUUGGUCAGUGGGAAGAGGUUAGGACUUUGUUCUUCGAAAUGGUAAAUCUUAAUAUUUAUCCAGAUGUCUGCACCUUGACCAUAGUGACAGAUGGACUUUGCAAAGAAGGGAAAGUUGAAGAUGCUGAAGAGAUAAUGAGACACCUAAUUGGAAAAGGUGUAGAGCCAAAUGUGGUCACCUACAAUGUGAUAAUUGACGGAUAUUGCUUGCGCGGCCAAAUGGAUAGAGCAAGGAGACUUUUUGAUUCCAUGAUAGAUAAGAGCAUUGAGCCUACCAUUAUUAGCUAUAACAUAUUAAUAAAUGGAUACUGUAAGAAAAAGAAAUUGGAUGAGGCCAUGCAUUUUUUUCAUGAAAUUUCUCGAAAUGGAUUGAAAUUUAGCAAUGUUACCUACAAUACUAUCUUACAAGGUCUAUUUGAAGUUGGAAGAACUGACAUUGUGCAAAAAUUCUUUGCUGAUAUGCUUUCUAUGGGGCUCAGACCUGAUUUAUGCACUCAUCGCAUUUUGCUCCGUGGUUAUUUUCAGAAUGGACUAGUUGAAAAAGCUAUGUCUCUAUUUCAUGACUUGGAAAGAAAUAGAGAAGAUAUUGAUAUUGAAUUUUACACUAUUAUUAUUGACGGAUUGUGCAAAAAUGGUCAGUUCGACAAAGCUCAUGCUAUUUUUGAGAAGCUUUCUUUGAUUGGAUUGUUUCCCAAUGUGAUUACAUACACUACAAUAAUUAAUGGACUAUGUCUAGAAGGGUUGUUAGAUGAAGCUAAAGAUAUGCUAAGAAAAAUGGAGCACAAUGGUUGUUCACCAAACAACUGCACUUACAAUGUUAUUGUGCAAGGAUUUCUCAAGUGUGGCAAAAUUAGUGAAAUGAUCACUUUUUUGAAGGAAAUGAGUGGAAGGGACUUCCCGUUUGAUGCAAGUACUGUAGAGUUACUAAUAGACGUUUCAGCAAAGGAUCCUUCUUUGCUUAACAUGAUACCACAAUUUCACUCGGGAAGUUAGAAGUGAAUAUUUAUUUCACUUGUUAUCAAUAUGAUGUAAUUUCCUUUUGCCUUGGCCAAAGAAAUCGCAUCCAAUGGAAUGGCAGAAGCUGAAAGCAUGCAAUUAGAACAUUGCUUAAGCUUUCCAACCUAGCUUAUUAAAGAGAGCUGACGUGACACCAUUGAGAGCUCCAGGUCAGCUGAGAAGCUAAUUUCCGUGUUACGCGAGAGAGUGAAUUAUGGUGCUGGCAUUCGUCCUGGAUUUACGACAUCCGGGAUUCCAUCCACCGAUGAAAUUGCUGACAGAAUCAAGAAGAUGCUUGCAGGAUACCAAUAUACUCUGGUUUAACCCUGAUUGUGGCCUGAAGAAUCGCAAGUAUGCUGAAGUUAAGCCGUGCUCUCAGCAGUGGCUGGUGAAUUGUUCAAUGGUCCUCCUGGAGCAUACUGGACUGCAGAGGAAGCAGAAGAUUAUGUUUCACAUCUUGCAUUAAUGACACCUGCAACAGUUUCCUUGCAAAAGAAAAUGAAGAAGCAUUUAUCACCCUUUUCCCAAAUUUAUCCUUCCUACUCAAGUGUAGAAAUUGAAGGAGAAGUCUUUCAUGAAGAUGCUGCAAAGUCCAAGAAACAGGCAGAAGAAAUGCUGGCAAGGUCGCUUAUAUAGCUUUAACAAAAUGCAACUGUUUCCCUCAGGACUUGGAAGAUGAAAUCUCCAAUACCAAACCUUUCAUGGAAACUACGGAAACUAAAUCUCCAAAACAGUCCACAGGUGCAGAAAUGGCUACUACAUCUGCCUAGAGGAACUAAAUCCUUAGCUGCAACGACACCAUCACAUCUCUCUCUCUCUCUCUCUCUCUCCCCCUCUCAUAUGUUGAAAUCUAAUUAGCUGCUCCAUACCAGACAAUUUUUACCUGCUAAAAUUGAGCUUAUUUUACUUUGUAGAAACAUUGCCAAGUCAGUUAAUCUUUCUACACUUGUACUAGUGACAAGUCAUUGCACAAUGUACUUUCAUAUAGUUUUGGAUUAGAAAUCCAAUAAACAAUGAUCAUCAGAGUACAUUCUCUGCUAAAUAGCUGCUCAACCGCGCAGUUUAUUUCUUAUUAAUC